CCCCGGCUGCUGUUAAAUGCUGAAAAUAGCUCAAAUGCUCUCAGAACAGUAGCACCACCCAGCAGCUGAGAUUCUUUCCCUCUCUCACUUGCCUUCUCUCUUGCCCCCCUCCUUUUUUUUUUUCAGACACUUGGAUUGGACUUAAUCUUAAACCUCUGGAGUUCAAGACCUUUUAAAAAGGGCUAAAUAAACAACCUCCACAUGUAAAAGGCCACUGACUGCUACUUCCUCUCUUCAGAGCAACUGUUGAACCUGGCUGCCUGUAGGAAAACUGAAGACUUAAAUAACAAACCCUCCAAGGUCAAAAUGAACACAGAUAGCGGUGGGUGUGCUCGCAAACGUGCCGCCAUGUCUGUUACAUUAACAUCUGUGAAGAGAGUUCAGAGUUCUCCAAACCUGUUGGCUGCAGGGCGUGAUUCUCAGUCACCAGACUCAGCUUGGAGAUGUUACAAUGAUCGAAAUCAAGAGACACUGAAUGGAGAUGCUACAUGUUCCUCUCUUGCAGCAAAAGGUUUUAGAAGCGUUCGACCAAAUCUACAAGAAAAAAAAUCACCAACUCAGAGCCAGAUAACAGUGAAUGGAAACUCUGGAGGCACUGUGAGUCCAAUGAGUUACUAUCAAAGGCCGUUUUCCCCUUCUGCUUACUCGCUACCAGGCUCACUCAAUUCAAGCAUGAUCAUGCAGCAUGGCCGGUCACUUGAUUCCUCGGAGGCAUAUCCCCAGCAUGCCCAGUCUCUGGACGGCAGCGUGGGCAGCUCCAUACCCCUGUACAGGUCCUCUGAGGAGGAGAAGAGAGUGACAGUCAUCAAGGCACCCCACUACCCAGGGAUCGGGCCGGUGGAUGAAUCCGGAAUCCCCACAGCAAUCAGAACGACAGUUGACAGACCGAAGGACUGGUACAAGACCAUGUUUAAGCAAAUCCACAUGGUACACAAGCCAGAUGAUGACACAGACAUGUAUAAUACUCCUUAUACAUAUAAUGCAGGCCUCUACAACUCGCCCUACAGUACUCAGUCACACCCUGCUGCCAAGACCCAGACCUACAGACCGCUCUCCAAGAGCCACUCCGACAAUGGCACCAAUGCGUUCAAGGAUGCUUCCUCCCCCGUCCCUCCCCCGCCUGUUCCUCCGGUUCCGCCCUUUCGAGCAAGAGAUCGGUCUUCAACAGAAAAGCAUGACUGGGAUCCUCCAGACAGAAAAGUAGACACAAGGAAAUUCCGUUCUGAGCCGAGGAGUAUUUUUGAAUAUGAACCUGGGAAGUCCUCCAUUCUGCAGCAUGAAAGACCACCCCCUCUCCCAACCACUCCGACACCUGUUCCAAGGGACCCUGGCCGGAAGCCUAUUUCUAUGUCACCCUGCGGAGAAGUAACUGGUAGCCCCUCCCCUCCGCCCAGGACCAGUAUCCCCGCACCAAGCCCCUGCGCCCCGGCUCUCUCCCCCAUCCGGACUGAUCGCAUAAAUCCAGAUGACAUAGAUUUAGAAAAUGAGCCCUGGUAUAAAUUCUUUUCAGAACUGGAGUUUGGACGCCCGCCUCCUAAAAAGGCUCUGGACUAUGUUCAAGAUCAUUCUCCUGGUGUUUCCAAUGAGGCCUCAUUGUAUCAAUCCUCUAUAGACAGAAGCCUGGAAAGACCCACUAGUUCUGCAAGCAUGGCCAGCGACUUUAGGAAAAGGAGGCGAAGUGAGCCUGCGGUGGGGCAGCCCAGGGGCCUGGGGGACCCAAGUGCAAGGAGCACUAGCCCAGGCCGAGCAGACCUCCCAGGAUCAAGCACCACCCUGACAAAGUCUUUCAUUAGUUCUUCUCCUUCUUCUCCGUCAAGAGCAAAAGGUGGGGAUGAUAGCCAAACGUGUCCAUCCCUUUCCAGUUUCUCAGGGCUCAACGGCCACCCCUCCCAUGAGUUAGAUUACUGUAACACUUACAGACAGCAUCUAGAUGUCCCGCAAGACUCGCAGAGGGCCAUUACUUUCAAAAACGGCUGGCAGAUGGCCCGGCAAAAUGCAGAGGUCUGGAGCAGCACUGAAGAGACCGUCUCCCCCAAAAUCAAAUCCCGUAGUUGCGAUGACCUUUUAAAUGAUGACUGCGACAGCUUGCCUGACCCAAAAACCAAGUCGGAAAGUAUGGGUUCUCUGCUAUGUGAGGAGGACCCCAAGGAGAGCUGCCCUGUGACCUGGGCUUCCCCCUAUAUCCAGGAGGGCCGCAGUAACGGCAGAUCAAGGCUCCGACACAGGUCGGCCCACGACACCCCGGGCUUCCUAAAGAUGUACAAGAAAAUGCACCGCAUCAACCGCAAGGACCUGAUGAACUCCGAGGUCAUCUGCUCCGUCAAGUCGAGAAUAAUGCAGUAUGAGAAGGAACAGCAGCACAAAGGCCUGCUCCACGGAUGGAGCCAGUCUUCCACCGAGGAGGUGCCCAGGGACAUGGUCCCCACCCGCAUUUCUGAAUUUGAAAAGUUGAUCCAGAAGUCAAAGUCCAUGCCGAAUUUGGGAGAUGAAAUGUUAUCUCCUAUAACCCUGGAGCCGCAACAGAAUGGUUUGUGUCCCCAAAGGCGGUUUUCCAUUGAGUCUUUGCUGGAGGAAGAGAAUCAAGGUAGACACCCAUCUCAGGUACCACGAAGCUACAAGUCUACAGCCCUGGUGCCCAUCCACAUUGAAGUCACCAGUGACGACCAGCCGAGAACCCACGUGGAGUUUUCUGAUAGCGACCAGGAUGGAGUUGUGUCUGACCACAGUGAUUACAUUCACGUUGAAGGAUCGUCCUUCUGCAGCGAGAGUGAUUUUGAUCACUUUUCUUUCACAUCCUCUGAAAGUUUUUAUGGAUCCAGCCACCAUCAUCACCACCAUCACCACCAUCAUCACCGGCACCUCAUCAGCUCCUGCAAAGGCAGAUGCCCUGCCUCCUAUACUCGAUUUACCACGAUGUUAAAACACGAAAGAGCUAAACACGAAAACGCUGAUGAGCCCAGAAGACAAGACAUGGACCCUGGCCUUUCUAAACUGGCAUUUCUGGUCAGUCCUGUGCCUUUCCGGAGGAAAAAAAAUUCAACUCCCAAAAAACAGAUGGAAAAGGCAAAAUGUAAGACGUCUGUGUUUGAGGCUCUGGACUCUGCCCUUAAGGACAUCUGUGACCAAAUUAAGGCUGAAAAGAGAAGGGGAAGUUUGCCAGACAACAGUAUAUUGCACCGUCUUAUCAGUGAACUGCUGCCAGAUAUUCCUGAAAGGAAUUCAUCACUCAAAGCCCUAAAAAGGAGCCCCAUGCACCAGCCUUUUCACCCACUGCCUCAAGAAGGUGCUAUUCAUUGCCCGUUGUACCAGAACGAUUGUGGGAGAAUGCCUCACAGUGCCUCCUUCCAAGACGACACCAACAACAACUACCACCACCAAGACCAUGACAGUGCACUGAACCUCCAAGACCACGAGUCCCCUAGGAGUUACUCGGCCACACUGACUGAUCUUGGAAGAACUGCACCCAGGGAAAGAAGAGGAACUCCAGAAAAAGAGAAACUGCCUGCAAAAGCUGUUUACGAUUUUAAGGCUCAGACAUCCAAGGAGCUGUCAUUUAAGAAAGGAGAUACUGUCUACAUCCUCAGGAAAAUUGAUCAGAACUGGUAUGAGGGAGAGCAUCACGGGAGAGUGGGCAUUUUCCCAAUCUCAUAUGUAGAGAAACUCACACCUCCUGAAAAAGCACAGCCUGCAAGACCACCUCCCCCAGCCCAGCCUGGUGAAAUUGGAGAAGCUGUCGCCAAAUAUAAUUUCAGUGCUGACACCAACGUGGAGCUAUCGCUGAGAAAGGGAGAUAGAAUUAUUCUUCUUAAAAGAGUUGAUCAAAACUGGUAUGAAGGUAAAAUUCCAGGAACCAACAGACAAGGCAUCUUCCCUGUUUCCUAUGUAGAAGUUGUCAAGAAGAACACAACCAAAGGUGCUGAGGACUAUCCUGAACUUCCAAUACCCCACAGCUAUUCUAGUGAUAGAAUCCACAGCUUAAGUUCAAAUAAGCCACAGCGUCCUGUGUUUACUCAUGAAAACAUUCAAGGUGGGGGGGAACCGUUUCAGGCUCUGUAUAACUAUACUCCUAGGAAUGAAGAUGAGCUGGAGCUCAGAGAAAGUGAUGUCAUUGAUGUGAUGGAAAAAUGUGAUGAUGGAUGGUUUGUGGGAACCUCUAGAAGAACCAAAUUCUUUGGUACUUUUCCCGGAAACUAUGUCAAGAGGCUGUGAAUCACUCUCCUGGUUAUUUAUGCCGCAUUUCAGCAGCACAUCUGCAUAACCUUGCCUGAGAGAUCCCGCAGGCCUCCUGCUGUAAUGCCUUCCAGCUUCCAACAGAAGUCACCCACUAUCACCAUCUCCACCUGCCACCAAACCACCAGCAACUGAACUGCCACGCCCUGGGGAAGAUGGGCGGAUUAGCCUCCAUGUGAAAGUGCAUAUUCCUGCUUUCUGCUCUAAACUUGGAAAAGUGGAUGUGUGGCAUCAGAAAGAAAACCCUAUGCUUAAUAAGGAUUGAGCAGUUGAGGCAAAAAAAUAAGUGUCUUGGAGGCUCCCUGGUCCACUUUGGAAGCUGUUCUCCCUUCAGGCAACCAGAAGAUUGUCUCUUACUACUUGCUGUGGUUCGCAUUUUCACCUUCUUAGCUUGGCAGUAUAUUUUCCUUUCACGAGUUUGCCUAGUGUCCUGGUUUACACGAUAUGACAACUGUACUUCAACUAUUGUUUGCCUGCACUUAUUUGUUGUGAAAUGCACAGUGAUUACAAAAUCUAAAGCAAGAGUAGGAAAGUUAAUUCGAAUGAGUGUGAUUUUGUUGAAUUGAAUGUGAGUUUCCAAUAGGAGUCUUUUCCUGCAGGUUUUCUUUUUGUACUUUUUAGAAGUGCAAACAGUAAGUGAAUAAGAGCCUUUGGUAAUAAUCAUGAGAAUAUAAGAGGUUUAGCUAGACUACAAAAAAAAAAAAAUAACUAUUGUGUUGUAAAGUUGCAUUGCUAUUUUAUAUUAAAAUGUAAUAAUCAGCAUCAUGAACAAUGAGCUCUUAGUGUUUUAUUUAUCUGAUAAAAGUUAAAUAAAAGCAGUGUUAGUGACAGGGGCAACGAAUUAUUCUAACAUAGACACUUGAAAAUAUGUGUAAGCAAUAUUCAUAGGUAAGAUUUCACUGUGUGUACACAUACACAUCUGAGAUUGUAUGAGAACAGACAAUCCAUAUGCUAUGUUGUACGUUUUAUGGAAAUGUAGAAGAAUCUCACAUAUUAUUUUAUAGAAAUAGAGUACUUUGGAAGCAUCACAAGUAUUAAGGUUGGUUUUAGUAAGGAUUAUGAUCAAUACAAUUAUUUUUACUAUGAUAAUUAUUUUUCUUCUCUGGAACUCAGAAUCCUGGCUACAUUUGAGGACAGGAAUAUGUUGAGCCUGAUUUUCCUGGUGUGUGUAAACUAUUUCCUCGGAAUACAUUAGGCACUUUUUAGAGACAAUGUUAAAUCAUUCAGGUUAUAUUUUCUGCCCUGAAAUAGAAACCUACGAGAUGAUAUUGGGACCUGAAAGAUUUAAUGUGGUUAACAGUGCCUGAAUUACGCAUACCCCGAGAACUAGCUUUGUAUUUCUUAUGACUUUGCAUAAGAACUAUUCAUAUUUGGAUCUUCAGCACCUUAUAGAUAAAACUUUUUACAGCAUUUCUUCUGUGGACAGUGAUUGAUCUUUUCACAAUGUACGCAGACUCUAGAAUUUUGUACAUACAUUUGCUCUUUUUUUUGUACAGACUAUUUAGUUGUUGAGAAGACAGGGGAAUUUCCUAAUUUGGUCUUUAUCCUUCAUUUAAACGAAGCUAAAACACCUUCAACAGAUCAUCCUUUACAUCUCCCAGAAAUCAUUAUUAUGACUCGACAGUGCGAUUCUGUAAGAUAGCACUUAGCAAAAGUUUAUGAAUAUAAGAUUUUAGCAGCCAAACUAAAAUGUAUAUAAACACUGAUUAUAGAGGAAUUUCACUAGGAAGAAGGUAAAGAAACAUCUUUGAGUAGCCUACCUAGAUUAUUGUCAAGUUCACAGCCAGCUUUAUAUUUUAAAGGCUUUGGGUUUGAAAUUAGGUCAACUGCAUGCAGCUUUGCUGAUAAGUGAAUAAUUACCUUUGAUGCCAUUUAUGAGAGAAGACUUCAAUAUCUGUUGCCUGUCAUACUUAAGAAAAAUUAAUGUUUCUACUCUCUGUAUCUGAUUUUAAAAGGAAAAAUAUUCAUACCAAGCUUUUAGGUAAUUGACUUCAAAUUCUUACAAGCAAAGGUCAUUGUGUUUUUCUUGAAUAGACAUCUAAUAAAUUUUGCUUGGACAUAUA